AUGUCGCGCGACAGAUUUGAUCAGCUGACUGCAGCACUACACUUCGCAGACAACCAGGCCGAGCGUCAAGCAGAUAAUCGACUCUGGAAGCUGAGGCCUGUCGUAGAUGUGCUCGACAUGCAAUUUAGAGAAGCUUUUGUGCCAAACAAGGUCGUCUCCAUUGACGAGAGCCUUUGGACCUUCAAGGGGCGCCACCAGGCUUUGCAGUUCGUGCCCAACAAGAGAGCACGCAGGGGAAUAAAGGUAUACAAGCUCUGCUCGAGUUUGGGGCCAGAGGCCGGCUACACCACCGCCUUUCGUAUCUACAUGGGGAAGGAUCGCGGGGACGUCCCCGCGAGCAUGAAGGCAGUGAUAGACCUGCUGGAGAGAGGGGGCCUCAUGGACAAGGGGUACGAAGUACAUGCCAACAACUGGUACUCGUCCCCUAGUCUGUUCCACCACCUACAAAAAAGAAAAACAAGCGCUGUCAGUACGGUCAGAAGCAACAGGAAGCAGAUGCCAAUAGACCUGCAGGCAAAAGGGCGAGGAAGUGUAGACUUCCGAAGUACAGAUUCGAGUAUGCUCGCCCUUCAGUGGCUGGACAAGAGGCCAGUCACCAUGCUCUCCACAGUGCACACGAGCGAGAUGGUAGCUCUUCCUCCCAACUGCCAAGGAAUCCAACAAAUAAAGCCAAAGGUUGUAACUGACUACAACAACGGCAUGGAGGGAGUUGACUUCAGUGACCAACUUUCAGGCUCCUAA